CGCCGGAGGCCGCGCCUGCGCCCUCGCUGCUUGGCGCCGUUGCCCGCCUCUUUCUCUCGGUGCCGCCACCGCCGCCGCCGCCAUGUCUCGGUACGCUCGCCCGCCGAACAGCUCCCUCUUCGUCCGGAAUGUCGGGGAUUGCACCAGGCCUGAGGAUUUACGUCGUGAAUUUGGUCGCUAUGGCCCAAUAGUAGAUGUUUACGUUCCCCUUGACUUCUACACUCGACGUCCAAGAGGAUUUGCAUAUAUACAGUUUGAAGAUGUUCGUGAUGCAGAAGAUGCACUCCACAACCUGGACCGGAAAUGGGUGUGUGGCCGUCAAAUUGAGAUCCAGUUUGCCCAAGGUGAUCGAAAAACACCUGGUCAGAUGAAAUCAAAGGAACGAAGAUCAUCACGCAGUUCACCACGAUAUGACCGUUACGAUGACUAUGAUAGGAGAAGAAGAUCCAGGAGUCGAAGUUAUGACCGGAGGAGAUCACGAAGUCGUUCUUAUGAUCGAAGUCACAGGAGGUCUGACAGCCCUAAAAACUCACGAAGCAGAUCAAGUGGAAAGCGUAGGCGCAGCCGUAGUAACUCUUUCAAUGACAGGCACAGACGCCGCCAUCGUUCUUAUUCCAGAUCUAGAUCCAGGUCAAGGUCUAGAUCCAGAUCCAGAUCCAGAUCAAAGUCUGUAUCAAGAUCAAAAUCAGCAUCCAGAAAAGAUUCUAAGACACGGUCGCAAUCAAGGUCAUGCAGCCAUUCAAGAUCCAGGUCUAGAUCGAAAUCCAGGUCACUGAGUGGCCACAAGUCUGAUAGUCACCAUGAGGACUGAAGUAGUGGACGGUCAUCAAAUUGCAGCUUCCAUUUGUGCUUUUUCUUUUUGUUUUUUGGGGUCUUGUAGUUGUUAAGAGAAGGUGGGUACUGUUUUAUGACUACAGGAAAACUUAGUGUGCAGGACUAAUUUGUUGAUGGUGCUUGAAAGAUUUCAACCAUGAUUUUAAACAGAAUGAUGCAGUAACUACAACUGACCAGUUAAUAAGGUUCGAAGUGCCAUUAACGUUAAUGUUACUCAUUGGUUCAUUGAAAGUCAACUUGUUCACUAUUGUUUUUAGGCAAAUUUAGGAAGUAUAUUUGAUCCACGGCUAUGUUACUGUUAGUAAUUUUUUUUAUAAAGCAGUGCCCUCUAUACUGAUUGUCCAAAAAGAUACUAAAUUGUUUUCCCGGUUUGAUAUUCUGAUGGAUUAAUAAAGCUGCUGGUACAAAUCAAAACUGUGUGAAUUCAAAAUUUGUAAACGUUACUGUUAAGAAAGAACAUGUCAUCAAUGCAGUGCUGUGUUAAUUAACAUAACUUCAAUGUAGGGUUUUACAUCGUUUAAAUAAUUGCCUGAAACACACUGCUUGGCGAAUCAAUUUAUAGAAAUUCUCAUUUUGCCCAACUGGUCACCUUAAGCACAAUCAAAAGUAUUGGCAAUAUGUUGCCCACAACCUUACGUUCUGUUCAUGUGUGUUUAUGCAAUGCAGUAGUCUGGCAUGCUUCCUGUAGUAUUGAUUUGUGUAUUUUGCAUGAAUAUUUCUUUUCAUUCUUGGCUGUAAAGGUAUAAUUUGCUAAUGCCAUUGGAUAACUACCUGCAUUUUUAUUGUAAGACAAAUGCAGGAACUAGUAUUUGAUGGAGGAAUUGGAGUUUUUUCCAAAACAGCAAAGGUAUUGUGAUGAAACUUUUUUUUUCUUUCAUGUAGAAGCUUGUAAAAAAAAAAAGGGGAUUUUUAUACCAAGUCUUUUUAAUAAAAGCUAUUUGUAAAAGUUCAUCUACAGUAGAAAUGUUUUCAGUUUAAGCUUUAAGAUGCUAAGUUAUCUAGGUCUUUGCAUGACUAGAAAAAUGUGACAUUUGAAAUCAAGUAUUGACCAUUCUAGUCUUUGUUGCUUUGUAUGGCAUCAAAUAACAAUAGUAUAUUCAGAAGAUUAAGAACAUGGGGGUCGUAGUGAGGUCAUAUUUAGCCAUUCACCUUGUGGAUUUGGAUAAGCGGAACUGGGAAAAGAAUAAAAUUGUAUGUAAUCUGAUGUAAGUGUCUUAAUCCACUGUGUUUGGAUCACAUCAGGGUUAUGUGACAACUCUUGCUUAAAGAAAUAGUUACAUUUUUUUCAUUCUUGCCGGUUUUCAGUCUAGCCUACUGUGCUUGAGCCAGGAUAAGUUCAGGUGUGUCUUGGUUUUAAAGUCCAGUUUCUUGUCGUGACUCAAAGUGACAAGAUUCUUUACUUGCUCUGAAAGCUUGAGAUGACGACAAAUACAGGGUAUGCUUUUCAUAACUUCCUGGAAUUCAGUUUAAGAUAUGCAGUGCAAAUAAACCAUCCUACAGACUUAGCACAGGUUAUCAAUUAAAGCUAAAGCUAUAUUUCAUUUAGGUUUUUUGAGUCAGAUGUGGAUGUUGUGUUCAUCCUUUUUGUUCAUGAUAGCUGACUGUAACUUCAUACUUGUAAAUAAAUCUGUGCUGUAUAAUGAAA